AAAACGUCGAACGCGCAAUUGAUUAGCAUAAAAAGUGCCCGCGUUUGCUUAUUUGCCAGCACCAAACGCAUGCGCUCCAAAUACGCAGGACGACGAAGGACGUUCGGCAAAAUAGAGAAUGGAAUGCCUCAGCUUUGUCGGCUUGAUGGGAGCAUUGGAGCCAUUUGUUGUAGCGAUACCGAUUCAGUACUCUACGUAAUUUCGCAGCGUUUUGGCGUCUCUCCGGUCUGCGUGUGUUUUGUUCAUGCCACAAAAUUCGGUUCGUUUGCCUCAUAUUAUUUUGUUGCAAGUCUACGCGUCUGUGUGUGUGAGCAAUUGUGUGCGUGAAGAAAAGCAAAAACAGCCAAAACAAUUAAAAAGCAAUUAGAACAACAACCAAGCGGAAAGUGAAUUGCAAAAUAAACAAGCAAAAUCAAAAACAGAAAACGUUACAACACAACAAAAAAGAAAAAUGAUAAAAUGUAAUUUGCAUGCUCAAUUUAACACGAAUUGCAUUUAAUUUUUCAACUCGUAACAUUGAAAAACAAAAAGCAAGUAACAAAAACGUUACGUUAAUCUUAAAGUGAGGAAAACUAUCAAUCAACAAGCAAGCACAAGAUGAAAACUCGACUCGUCUCGUUGACCUAUCGCGGAACUGCAUCCGUCGAUCCCCGUUAUUCGGCGUCCAUGUUGCCCUGGACCAUCAAUGAUAUACGAUCCACAGAGAACUAUACAAAGCUAUCCGUUGGCAUCGAACAUGGCAAUCUGGACUCCUAUAACUCGGACUUUGAGGUACAGUUUAGCCAUCCCUUAAAGCAUAUCGUUGGCAUGUGCCGCAUCAUUCACAAGCCGCAAGCGAAGAGCGUCGGCAAUGGUUUCAUGCAGCUCAAAUCAAAUGCUGGCCACUCCUCCAAUUGUGCAACAUCCUCAUCAUCGUCAUCGUCGUCGUCAGCAUCAUCAUCAUCGUCAUCGGGCUGCACUGCGGCUGGCAACUCAUUAACCGCAAAUGGAACUCGACACACGCUCACAACAUCCACAUCCUAUGGCUCGCUCUCGUCCAGCGCCGCAGCCGCUUAUCAGUUGCAACAGCAACAGCAGCAGCAGCAACAGCAGCAGGCAGCUGCAGAUGCAGAGCAACCGCAAAACUUUAUGGAAUUCCAGGGUCCCAUCACUGGUUUGGUCUACUUGCUAAAGGAUCCCAAGGAUCCGUUGCUGCACAUUUAUCUAUUCGAAUGCGAAGCCAUUGAAGAGAUGGCCGAGCUGAUGCAUCAGAUGAGAGAUCCGGCGCAUACGCUCGGCGGCUCUGUGGGCAGCAUACCACAGAAUCUGAUUGCCAGUGGAGGUGUUGUCGGUGGUCAUGGACACAACGGUUCACUGAACGGAUUGCAUGCCACGCCCGCGACGAAUCUGAAGAUGAGCGAAGCGCUGCGCAAUGCCCAGCACGAUGCUAGUCCCAAUCCGGUGAGCAGCAAGAUGAAGGCAUCCAAAUCGUAUACGCACGGUCUGAGCAGCUCCUCGGGUACCGUCAACAUUCCCACAUCGACGUCGGCGCAGAGCAAUCUAUCGCUGCUCGCCGACAUCUCGCCGAAUCACACGCACUUCUUUGAGGUGAUGUACGUGGGCAAGAUACGUGUAUCGCAGAAGCGAGUGCCCAACACCUUCAUCGACGAUGCCCUGCCCAAGUUUAAGGCGUAUGAUGCCCAGCGGCUGCGACUGUUGCAGAAUCGCAAGAUGUCGCUGAGCAGCGAGGGCGGUGUGGGCAUUGAGGCCAAGAGUGCGGCCAGCACACUGAAGAGUCACGAGCUCAAAGAGGAGGACGAAGAGGAACACGAGCAGGAGCAGCAUCCAAAUACGCAGCCGAAGCCAGAGCUACAGUUGACGGGCGCGGAGGCGGAUGCUUUGCCACAGCCGCUGGAGGAGAACAAGGAGAACAAGUCGCCAAUAAAGCGCAAGUUGUUGCGCGGCCAGAGUCAAGUGGAUAUGGGCCAUAAGGAGAUCUCGGAGGAGCAGCAGCAGCAGCACCAACUGGAGGCGCCCAAUGUCAUUGUGAACAAGCAGCCCACGCCGCCCAGAGAGGAGGGCGAAGCGGCAGCAGCAGAAGCUGCAGCGGCGGCUGCCACAGCAAGUGGCAGCGGAACAGCAGCUGGUCAGCUGCAUCCACACUACGCGCUGGAGAACAUCCCCAAACUGCGGGAUCGCUCCGCUUCGCAGGGCACAAUUCCUCCUUAUGCGGAGCAGAAUCGCACCAUGGUCUUCUUGGUGGGACGCAGCGAUCUGCGCUUGAUCUCGCCGGAUCGCAAGCAGGUGCUGCUCUACAAGGACUUCAAGGAUGUGGCCAGCUGUGUGCAUGGCCAGAAGUCACUCGAUCACUUUGGCAUCAUUUGUCGCGAGCUCAACAACGACGGCUACAUUGGCUACGUGUUCAAGUGCCAGUCGGAGCAUGUGUGCGAUGACAUUGUGGCCGCCAUUGCCCAGGCUUUUGAUACGUGCGCGGAGCAAAAGAAGAAACAGGAGAGACAGAUCUUUAGCUGCGAACAUUGUCCGAUGUUGUGGUAUCACAAACUGUGCACCGAUGUCGAGGGUUUGUCCGAGAAGAAAACACAGGCAAUGAUCUGGCGUCACGUCGACACUCUUAACGAGGACGAAAGGGAUAUGGUGUGGGCCAAGUACCGUGGCUCCGAGAAGAACAACUCACCGAUAGGCGAGCAGAAUCAGUUCCUCAUCAUGCUGUUGCGUGCCCACUGCGAGUCGCGGCAACAGCGCCACAUUCACGACACCGCCGAGAAUCGCUCCGAGUUUCUCAAUCAGUAUUUGGGCGGCAGCACCAUAUUUAUGAAGGCUAAGCGCUCGCUGACCAACUCCUUCGACACGCUGCUGAAGCGCAAACCCUCCAAAGAUGACAUUGCUGUGCCACCGCACAAUCUGCGCGACAUUCGCGAAGGAUCCGCCGAACCCAUCGGCAGCGAAACCCCGCCCGAAGGAUUCCGAUCGCGCUCGAAUACUGUGGGCGCCAGUCCCAGCAACAAACCUUCGGCAGAUCAGCUCAAGAGCCCCAUGAUGGAUAUCUUCAUCAAGGUGGGCAACAGUCCCAAGGAGGCGGAGACGCAUCAGGGAUCCUGGCGCCAGGCUAUACUCAACAGCGUGGUGACACCUUCGAAGGGUUUGGAGGGCGAGGCUCCCACCGAGUUUCUAUCGCCCAUGCGCAAACCUGCCAAGCGAGGCAAACGCGAUGCUGCCGAACUACGGGAACUUUGGCGCACCGCCAUCAGACAGACGAUCAUGUUGAAUCGCAUGGAGACGGAGAAUGCCAUGUUGCAGGCUCGUCAGAAUGAGAACGAACUGAAGCGCAUUAAGCUGGACUAUGAGGAGAUUGUGCCAUGCGACAAGCAGCUCAUCGAACGCUGGGAACAGAUCAUUGAGCGCAACUCCAUGCAGAUUGGCAACAAGAAGGAUCCCAAGGUGUUGCGUCAUGCCAUACGCACUGGAGUGCCGCGCUCCAAGCGUGGCGAUGUCUGGACUUUCCUGGCCGAACAGCAUUCGAUGAACACGGCGCCAGUGGACACGAAAAAGUUUCCCAACUAUAAUACACCUUAUCACACGCUGCUGAAGCAUCUAACUGAGCAUCAGCAUGCGAUCUUUAUUGACUUGGGACGCACGUUUCCCAAUCAUACGUUCUACAAAGAUCCAUUGGGUCUGGGACAGUUGUCGCUGUUUAAUCUACUGAAGGCCUACUCCAUACUCGAUCCCGAGCUGGGCUAUUGCCAGGGCUUGGGCUUCAUCUGUGGCGUGUUGCUGUUGCAUUGCGAUGAGGCGAGCGCAUUUCAGCUGCUCAAGCAUCUGAUGUUUUGCCGCAACAUGCGCACCAAGUACCUGCCGGACAUGAAGAAGUUCCAGCUGCAGCUCUAUCAACUGUCGCGUCUUGUCAAGGAUCAUCUGCCCGAUCUGUAUGUGUGGCUCGAUCAGAAUGAUGUUUCGCCUACGCUGUAUGCUGCUCCCUGGAUACUCACUGUGUUUAGCUCACAGUUUCCUUUGGGUUUUGUGGCGCGCGUCUUUGAUUUAGUGUUCCUGGAAUCCUCGGAUGUUAUCUUUAAGUUUGCCAUUGCGCUGUUGUCGGUGCACAAGCAACAGUUGCUGGCACGCGACAACUUUGAGGAGAUUAUGGAUUACUUGAAGACGGUGGUGCCCAAGAUGGAGAACACGUGCAUGGAGCAGAUCAUGAAGCUGGUCUUUACGCUGGACAUUGGCAAGCAGUUGGCUGAGUACAAUGUGGAGUACAAUGUGCUCCAGGAGGAGAUAACUACGACGAAUCAUCACCUGGAAAUGCUGAAUCGCGAGAAGUCACAAAACCAACAUCUCGAGCAGCAGCUGCAGUUUGCUCAGUCGUCAAUUGCACAGCUGGAGACAACGCGUUCGUCGCAACAAACGCAAAUCUCGUCGCUGCAGUCGCAGGUGCAAUCGCUGGAGCUCACCAUACAGACGUUGGGACGUUACAUUGGCCAGCUGGUCGAUCACAAUCCGGAUCUGGAGCUGCCCAGUGAGGUGCGGCGCAUGCUGCAGCAGUUGGAUGACUUGGAGCGGCAGCGACGCAAACCGAUCUUUGCGGAGCGUAAAAUUGGCAAAUCAAUUUCGGUCAACAGUCACUUGGGGUUUCCACUCAAGGUCCUCGAAGAGCUGAGCGAAAGAGACGAACAUGGUUCGCCACAAAAGCAGAAGAAGGAGAAGACACCUUUUUUUGAGCAAUUGCGCCAGCAGCAGCAUCAACUGCAAAUGCAACGCAACCACAACCAUGCGGCCAACGGCCAUUUGACAAGCGUGGAGCAGCCACCGCAACAACAGAAUCCAACACCACCGACACGUCCCAAUCGAUUGCUGGACAAUGCCAGCGCACGGAGCGUCAUGCAAACGAAACUGGAUGAACUCAAGCUCCCAGAGCAUGUGGACAAAUAUGUGGCGAACAUCAAGAGUCCGCUCGAGGUCGAUUCGGGCGUUGGCACACCGCUCAGUCCGCCCAGCACCGCCAGCAGCCACAACAGCAGCAGCAGCCAUAACAGCAACAGUAGCAACAGCAUCAGCACUGGCAGUAUUUUCAGUCGCAUGGGCUACAAGACGACGCCCGCCUCCCUCUCGCCACUGGCACCACGACAGAGCUACAUUGAUGCAAUCGCCAUUACCACAGCCCCGGAAACAGCACCGCUGGAACAAAUGGUCACGGCGACGGCAGCAAUAUCACUGGAAGAGGCUGCCGAGCCAGAGCCGGGUAUGCAUCCGUUGAGCAUGGUCGGGGGCGAUGUCAAUGUCCGCUUCAAGGGCACCACACAGCUCAAGUCCAUACGACCCGUGCAUCAUAUGCGAGCCAUCACCUUGUCCGGGGUGCCAGCGGUGGGCAGCAGUGGGGCGGAGGCGGCGACACCGGCUGCGACGACGGGUCGCAGCUAACGGUUCUGAUUCAUUGGCAAGCUGCUGCGGGGCCUCUACAAGGAGCCCAUCAUGGAGCAGACGACCUAGAGCUAAUGCUUAACAGUACAACUUGGUUGCGGCUUCAACAACAACAACAACAGAAAAACAACAAGAACUAAAAGCUACAAGAUUUUCAUUAUGUUGCAUGUUGCGCACAAAUUGUUGCCAUAAAAUUUACAUAGAGUAAUCGAAAUGAAAAAUGAAAACCACAAAAAAAAGAA